AUGAACAUUGUUCUCUCCAGGGACAGCGGUGUGAGGGUGAUGGAGAACACAGUGACCAAUGCCGAGAAGUACUUCGGACAGUUCUGCUCGCUGCUGGCCGCCUACGCGCGCAAGACGGCCCGGCUGCGGGACAAGGCGGACCAGCUGGUCAAGCAGCUCAUUGACUUUGCCAACACCGAGAACCCCGAGCUGCGGGCCACCAUGAGGGACUUCGCUGAGCACUUGGCCAAAGUGCAGGACUAUCGGCAGGCUGAGGUCGAGAGGCUGGAGACCAAGGUCAUCAGCCCCCUGAAGCUCUAUGGGGCACAGACAAAGCAGACUCGGGCUGAGAUCAAGAAAUUCAAACACAUCCAAAACAAUGAGAUCAAACAGCUGGAAAAGCUGGAGAAACUGAGGCAGAAGUCACCCUCAGAUCGGCAAAUGAUCUCCCAGGCAGAGACCAGCGUGCAGAGGGCCUCGGUGGACGCCAGCCGCAGCACCCACCAGCUGGAGGAGACGGUGUACGCCUUCCAGAAGCAGAAGCUGAAGGACCUACAGAAAAUUUUUUCGGACUUCGUAACCAUUGAGAUGGUCUUCCAUGCCAAGGCGGUGGAGGUGUAUUCCAGCGCCUUCCAGACCCUGGAGAACUAUGACCUGGAGAGAGAUCUGCAGGAUUUUAGAGACAAGAUGCGAGGAGUUUAUGGGCAUCACGACACUCGGCCACUCACUAAUACCAACCCCUCUGCAUCUGUCCCGUGGUCAUUCGCCAGCCAGAGUGCUCAGAGCACCAUUCAGAGCCAGAGAAAAGAGGAGGAGGUGAGUGAGGACGACUCAAGCGAGGAGGCCCCGGUGGAGGAUCUCACAGGAGAGGGGCAUGGACUCCAUAAAUAG